UUUAUAUUCAGUAUAUCAUCUUGAACAUCUUGGACAUAAUAUAACGUUGAUUGCUGAUCUUUCAACAAACUAAUUUUAACAAAAUGUUGUUUUAUUUAAUAUUGAUUGCUGCAUCGCCGUUUGUCAUUACCGCGUUUCCACAAAAUUUGGAUAACAUACCUGUGGAGACGGCUCAAGAGCCAGUGGCUUUCAAAUCCAAUGGAAAUCAAGAAACAACUGUAUUAUCCACAAAUGAUUGUGUUAUACCUGAAGAUAGAAAUACCGAUUGCAUGAAAAACUGUCCUAUGAAUAGAAACGACUGCAAUCCUGUUUGUGGGACGGAUGGUGUAUCAUACAUUAAUAAAAGUGAACUACAAUGCAUGAUACAUUGUGGAAAAAAAGUAUCAUUACUGCAUAAUGGAACCUGUUCAUAGGACCGAACUGGAUAACAAACGAUUUGCAUUAUAUAAUAUAAUCCGAUAAUAAAUAUUUUGAUGAAAUAUUAGUAAACGUAA